AUGCCAACAUUUGAUAUUUCGUCAAUCGUUUAUCGUCAUAUAGAAAAACAUGAACAACAACUGGCAUUGGAUAUAUGGUGUCCUACCUUCAAAACUACCCCUGAUGUGGAAGGACGUUACUUUUUACCUGAUACAUCACCACGUUAUCAAGAAGGUGACACAUUAGGUGCAUGGCACAAUGAUAAAUUAGUGAGCACAGUGCAUAUGCGACGUCUUACAAUACGAUCAAGUGAGAACAAUGAGCAGUCUUUAUGUGGUUGUAUUAGCAAUGUCGUUACUGUAGCCGAAUAUCGAAGACAAGGUCUAUCCCGACGUCUAUUACAAAUGGCUGUUGAUAAGAUGGAAGAAAGCAAUGAAUUCGAUAUUUCAAUGUUAGGUACGAAACAGCCCAAUCAUUUCGUAUCUUUCGGAUGGGAACAAAUACCUGAACCCAUUCAAGUUAUGAUCGAUUGGAAAACUAUCAUUUCGCCUAGCACAAAUGCUAAAUGGUGUUCAAUAUCGAAUAUUUCAUGUCAAGAUUUUGAACUCUUGCUGAAAAUCUAUUCGAAUAAUCCACGUAUCUAUCAAAUGGAUAGAUCUCCACUGACAGUGUUCCAACAGUGGGUGAAAGGAAGGUGGCAAAACAAUGCAGCGAUUGUCUGCCUAUAUGAACAUGAACAAGAACAAGGUUAUGUAGUGAUCGGCAAUCUUGAUAGUGAAAAAGAUGUAUGUGUACUGGAAUGGCGAGCACCAAGUAUGAAUCUAGAACAGAAACUUUUGUCUUUAGCAGCAGCAGAGAUUCGACAGCGUCAUGGUUCAACAAAAUCUAUUCAUUUGUUUGCGUUGCCACAAUACAUGACGAUUGAUGAGUUGACUGAAUGGGCUGGUCCUGUUCAAAUUGGUAUCAAUCAAGAUAUAAUGAUGCGUAAUAUUCGAUUACCAACCGAUAUUUAUGAGAAGAUUAAAACUGCCUACUCUGACGGUCGUGCUGUCUUUUGGUCAGGUGAUUAUUUUUAA